CGAAAAAGUGGGCGGGCGCUGCAGUCUUGCACAGACUUCAGUAACGGUCAAUUUGCACUGAACCGGGAAAAAGACAGCAGAGUUGGAGGAAGAACAAAAGGUUUCUGUAAAGUCACGGUAUGGAUAAGAUGUUUCACAUUGUUGUGUUUGACAAGACAAAUGAGGUUGAAGUUGUGCCUUCAGUCUGGAUUAAUAAUGGAGAUUGCAUGUGGCCUCCAAAUAAGAUUGAUAUAACCAAAGCUGUGAAAUCACAGGAGAGUCCUGGAGAUGACUGGAAGCCCCAUAAGGCCAGAAUUAUUUUCACGUCAAAUGACUACAAGGAAGCUAGACGUAAACUACCUCUAGCUGUUGAUCACACAGACAUUGAUCAGACCGAUGGAGGAGACUCACCAAUUGCAUUUCAAAGAAAAAGAAUACCCAAGAACAUUCUUUUCCCUGGAGAAGAUGACGACGACGACGACGACGAUGAUAAUGCGAUGGAAGAGCACCUGAAAGAACCAAAAUCAAGAAAAGGAAGGUAUUCUAUACCUGAUGCUCCGAAAAUUGCUAGACAUGCCAACAAAUUAGACCCAGGAAAGCCAAACUGCCCUAAGCUCUUCCACGGUACUCCUGACCACCGCAAUGAUGAGAUGAAAGGCAUUAAAGGAACAAAGUCCAAAAAAACUGUUAAAGGACUAAGAAUUUUUGUACUUUGCAGGAGGUAUGCGUUGCCUAAUGCUCCAGUGAUCUCUAGGGAACAGAUUUCUCCUGCAGUAGACAGCCUCCACCUUAGUGGCCAAGGCAGAGCUGACUUUUGUUCACGUGAUCAAAGCAGUCCUGACCUUCAUUCACAUGGCCAAAGAAGCCCUGAUGUUAGCCCACAUGGCCAAAGCAGUCGUCACCUUCAUCCACAUGGCCAAAAGAGUCCCAAUCUUCUCCCAAGUUGCUACAGUCCUGACUUGUAUGCAGAUUGCCACAGCACUCCUGAGAUCCACUCAAGUCAGCAGAACAGCAUUGCUAUGUUAUCCUCAGGCUGGAAUGUUCUCUCUGAGAGUUGUACAUCAAGUAAAUCAAGCACUGAGACCCUUUUAAGCCAUGCCAACGUUGAGGUCAGAAGACCAGCCCACAAAAGUAAAGAGAUCCAUAAAAAAAGGCACUCCGAACCUUCAAGGCUCCCUGAGCCACACCAGACCACGAACAUCAAGCAAACAUCCAGUCACCAAAUGUUUCUUCUUCGUAAUAUAUUAACAAAACAGGAGAUGCUUAUGGACCAAAUGCGAAUUAUCUUUAAGACCCUCCAGUGUAUGCAAUCAAGUCAGGAGACAGAGAUAGGCCUAGAUCGAAAUUUGUUGCCUCUCAAAGAUCUCACUUCUCUACAGAACAUGGAGGAUAAUCUGCGGAGUACUCCUGACCUCCAUAAGCAAUUGGUAAACACACUGGCUCUUAAAGGUGGGGCGAACGUGCAGGAGUCUGUUUGGAGAAUCAUGCAUGGUCUGUUUACCAACUCCUUGGCGAGGAAAGUUAACAUGAGGGGAUUGAAUGGAAAGAUUAGCUUCCUACGCCUACAGAUACGAGAUGUUGUGAUUGCGGCUGUGAGACGUAACCGUCUAACAUCUGAUGCCACAGAGAAAGACAUUGAUUCCACCAUUAAAAAAUGGCUGUAUCUGGCCCCAGACAGAGAUGGUGGACGAAAAGAAAGGAUGAAGAACAAAUUGCAUAAGGACAAUAUGACUGGUUAACAGGCUUUAGGCAUGGAUGUUCAGUCCAGAGUUCAACUUGUUCAGUGACAGAAUCAUGACUGUUUCAGAGUCAUUUGAAGAGUGCUACUUGUUCCUAGCCAUAAGCGUGGACGGAGUGUUUUGUGAAGUGAAACUUGUUGAUGACUAGAAACAUGUUCUAGUGUUAUAUGUUUAGUGAAUCUUGUUCGUGACCAGAAACAUGGACGUUCAAGCAUUAGGCAAAGCAAUGAAACUUGAUGACCAGAAACAUGGAUGAUCAAGUAACAUUUAAAGUGAAACAUCAUGAAAAAUUUCAAAAAAACUGCACUUGUUUUAUUUUUGUUUUUAUUAUUUUUUGCUGAACUGAGAGAGGAGUGCCAUUUUAGAUAGGAGUUGUUUGUACAACUGAAAAAUGUCAGAUGCCAAUGCUUUGAUGUUUAACACAAAUAAAUAUUUGUUCAGAAUACUGUCUUGUUGUGACUAUUCAUCUGGGAGGGGUGUGUAAGUGGCUUGGUUAUGGUGGUGUUGAGGCUGACAUGGAACUCAUCUGGUCCAGACCAGAAUAGGGCCAGCUAUGGUCAUACAGGUGGC